AUGGACAACGACACCAAGGUAGAAAAUGAAGCACCUGUGCCACUAUCACAGCUGAAAUUUCCGUUUGCCGAUGCUCCAAGUAUAGUACAAGCGCACCAAAAGGAUGAUCAGAUUCAAACCCUGUUGGUCCUAAAGAUUACUGAAUUAUGCAAACUGAUAAAAAACCAAUUGUUUGCCAAUUCAUAUCCUAGAGAACUUUCCAUUUUUGCCAAGCUAAUAUAUUUACUUUUUACUACGGGAAGGCGUGGUAGAACAUUGGGCGAGGAAUAUGUUGACUUGAUAUAUACCAAUAAGCGUGGUACCAAACUAGCGGGCCGAUUUAGAAUGCUGGCAUUUGUUUUCUCCUAUUCUUUAUGUCCAUAUUUGAUUUCCAAAUUAUACAAGAAAAUUGCGAACAGUAAAAGGGAAAAUGAAACCACAGGUGAUGAUAAUGUCACCGGGUUCUGCGAGAGCCUUUUGGAUUUCGUGUUAGACUUGCAUAUGACCCUAUUUUAUUUCAAGGGAACUUUUUAUAACGUUUUUAAAAGGAUGUUUGGCAUGAGAUAUGCCUUCAAGCAUAUCAUGUCGAAGAACGAAGCCAAAUUUAGAAAAGAAGGGUCUAGGACAUACAAGGUGCUGGGUUAUAUUUUAUUGACUCAAAAUAUUUUGAAGUGGUAUCCAGUUCUAAGCUCUACCUUAGGGUCGUGGAUUUCUGAAAAGAAAGGUGCCCCGGGUUCGAAUGUAAGGACAUCUCUUGAUUUACAGGGAACCCUUAAAGGUGGUUCUAUAGAAGGAAUACCGAAAGAAUUUCAGUUGGCUCACAUACGUUUGUCAGACAAAGAUCAACUGCCCUAUAUCCCAGAAGCUUCGAGAAAAUGCAUUCUUUGUCUCAUGGACAUGACUGAUCCUAGCUGCACACCCUGUGGGCAUCUGUUCUGCUGGGACUGUCUGAUGAGUUGGUGUAAAGAGAGGCCCGAAUGUCCUUUAUGUAGACAGCAAUGUCAAACGCAAGAAAUUUUGGUCUUACGACAAUAG